UCGUUUUGACUUCAUUCCGUUUCCAUCAUAAAAGCUCGAACUAGAGGGAGACACGCGGACGGACGAGAAGCGAGGAGGAAAGCAAGGCCUCAGGAUUCCCAUCGAGACCGCCGUCGCUGCCCAAGUCAUGACCCCCGUCCAUCCCCCGCCGUCCGGCUCCGUCUCCGGCUCCGGCUUCGGCUCCGGCUCUAGCUCCGGCUCCGGCUCCAGCUCUGGUUCCGGCUCCGGCCGGCCUGGCCACCGGUCUCGGCGGCGGACGGACCUGACGCUCCCGCUCCCGCAGCGCGACACCAACCUCGCCGUCCCGCUCCCGCUCCCUCCCCCGCCCUCCGCCGCCGCCGCCGCCCCCUCCACCUCCGCCGCCGCCGCCGCCCGCCCCCGCCCGCUCGACUUCUCCGAACUCGACCGCCUCAGCCGGAUCGGCAGCGGCAACGGCGGCACGGUCUAUAAGGUCGUCCACCGCCCCACCGGCCGCCUCUACGCCCUCAAGGUAAUCCACGGGGACCACCACGAGGAGAGCGUCCUCCUCCAGAUCCGCCGGGAAGUCCAGAUCCUCAGCGAAGUCGACGACCCCAACGUCGUCCGCUGCCACAACAUGUCCGACCGCCACGGCACCUCCGCCGGCGAGAUCCACGUGCUUCUCGAGUACAUGGACGGCGGCUCCCUCCACGGGGCCCACAUAAGCGACGAGCACCGCCUUUCCGGCAUCACCUACCAAAUCCUCAAGGGCCUCCAUUACCUGCACGCCCGCAAGAUCGUGCAUCGCGACAUCAAGCCCUCCAAUUUGUUGAUCAACUCCAGGAACGAGGUCAAGAUCGCCGAUUUCGGGGUGAGCCGGGCGCUGUCGCAGACCAUGGACUGCAAUUCCGCCGUCGGCACCAUCGCGUACAUGAGCCCCGAGCGGAUCGACACCGACAUCAACAAGGGCUCCUACGACGCCUACGCCGGGGACAUCUGGAGCCUCGGCGUCAGCGUGCUGGAGGUCUACCUGGGCAGGUUCCCCUUCGGGGUCGCCGGCGACUGGUCCAGCCUCUUCUGCGCCAUAUGCAUGGCGGAGCCGCCGCAGGCGCCGCCCACCGCGUCGCCGGAGUUCAGGCAUUUCGUGGCGUGCUGCCUGCAGAGGGUCCCGUCGAGGAGGUGGACGGCGGAGAAGCUGCUGAGGCACCCGUUCGUCUCCCGGAACGGCGGCGACCAGCCCAACCUGCAUCGGCUGAUGCCUCCGCCCCGCACGCUCUGAUGCACCAGACAUUGGAGGGCCUCUGUCAUCAUCUCCCUCUUUCUUCCUUCUUUGGGACAUAGAAAUUUCGAAUUUGCCUUGGUUUCUAUUAUAAGGUUUUGGAUUUGGGUGUCGGUGUAGAUCGUAGAGUUUCUAUCUAUUUUUGGGGGGGGGCAAGAAUUAUUGGGGAAUCAGAAUCGAUUAGCGACUGAUUUCGAUAGGAUGACACAUGACAUCCAACGACAUUGCUAUAAGAGGCAAUGCUCAUUUGUCACAUAAAAGAAUCAUGAAAAUGUCUUGAGUUUUUUUUCCUCUCGGUUUCGCAUGGUUUAGCUGUAAGCAUGAGGCUUACAGAAUGAGUGGUGGAGGAUUUGUGGGGAGAUUUAUAGGAUUUUUGAUGAAUUUUGGUGUUGAGGAUCUUGAAGGAUCGGCGCGAUCCCAUGUAGAGAUCUCUUUGAAUCUGGAACUCAUCACGUUUUCAUCACCUUUGGAUCCCUGUAUUUUAGGACAAUACCAGAUGGUCCUGCAUGUUGGAUCUUGGAUGAUUUGUCCAGGCAGGAGACAGAUCAUGCAUUUUAGUUCGAGUCAAAAUCCUUGUAUUCAA